AAAAUGGUAACACAUUUUGAGGUGUAAGUUGGAGGCAUAGAAACAAUCUCACGCCUUGGUUUCAUAUAAAUGAGGGAGCGCAGACCCAAUUAAAAGACAUGGAUAGAACUGAACGAGAAGUAGCCAGGACUCCAGUCAAAUCACGCAUACCCAUUCCUACAAGGGAAGCUGGGCAUACAGGUGCUAGGACAAGUAGUUCUCCUCCUGUUACUAGCCCUUUUCAAACUCCUUUAGCUAGUCCAAGCCGCAUACCAGUUGCAAUUAGAAGGUCACCAAAGCAUCAAGUGCCUACAAAAAUGGCAACUCCAGAGACUAACACUUCUCCUCAUCACUUUUCUCCAACCUCCUCCUCUGUCUCUUCUCAAAUCCUCAGCAGUAUUGCACCCUCACCAUCAGAGACACCCAAACACUCCGUUCCUGCUGCACAAUUAUUUGCUAGUGAGAAGGAAGGAGAAGAAAUCUACUUGCCUACUAUUACCUCAACAGGUCCAGGAGUGAGCACUCCAUUGUAUACAGUAUCAACACCUACCACUGCCUCAAUCCAGCCAAUGCAGCACAUCAGGGCUCCAUAUCUAUUGUCACAGCAGCAGCAUUACACUACAGGAGCAGGCCUUGCAUCAAACACGACACAAACAACUCAAAGUAUCUUAAGUGAUUUUGGUAAAUUCUCAGCCCCACAGUACAUGCCUAGUGUCAUAUAUAACCUCCCAAGUGAUCUGGAGUCGUUUUAUAAUCAGCAACACAUGAAUAGCGACUCUACCAAUGGGGCCACGUCUGAGCAUAGCACGCUCACCCUCUCUAGUCUCUCCAUUCCUUCAAAGGUCUCUGUUCUUUCUGCUGGUGGAGGUUCUGCUACUCAAGUUAGUAGCAUACACCAUACUACUCCUGUAAUGGAAGGAAAGCCAUUCAACAUGUCGGGACAAUUUUCUUUUCUUCCCGAAACAAAAUUUCAACCGCAGGCUAUCGUAGAUAAAGAAAAUAUCAUUAAUAAGGAGUUAAGAGAGACAAAAUCAAUGGUUGAAUUCCUUGAGACAGAAAACAGAUUGAUACAGGAAAAGUGCUCAAAAUUUGAAGCUGAGAAUGCAAGUCUUCAGUUUAAAAUAUCUCAGUUGGAGGAACAAGCUAAGCAACUGAGACAGAGCCAUUUAGAAGAUCACAGCAAAGCAUUGGGGAAUAAAGAAGGAGAGCAUGCAGGUCUUGUUGAGCAGUUGUCACAAGUUAUGCAAGAAAAACAAGCACUAGCUAACCAACUCCUUUCUCUACAAAAUGAGCACAGUCUCUGCACUCAGCAAAUGCACAUUGCUUCAACCAUCAGCUCUGACAAUGACAAACAGCUAAACACACUGAGGGUGGAGUUGCAAGAAAUGCAAGAGAAAGUGAGAGUCCUCCAAGAUGCACUGAGAGCUGCAGGGAAUGAAAAGGAGAACUUGAGAAGAGGAUAUGAGCUGGAUAAGACACACUUGACUGAGGCUGAGUCUUCUUGCAAGACACUCAAGCAGAAUCUUGAUGCUGCAACAAAAAAACUUGAAGAGUCGCGUCAGAAAGUUUUUGCUAAAGAUGAGCUACUUAGCCACAAAGAAAGCGAGCUCUCAAUGGUCCAGGGAGAGUUAAGCAUGCUGAGGGAUAAUUAUAGGAGCCUUACUAGUAAUCAUGAGUCUGUCUUACUUGAAUUACAAGUACUUAAACAAGACUUGGAAAAUAAGAAAAGGCAAUUGCUUGAAAACCUCCAAAGGAAAGAGGCAGGAGAUGCAAAUAUAAGAGAAGUCAGUGAGAAACUAUUUAUCUUAGAGAGGGAACACAAGGAGAAAGAGACAACACUUGAGAACGAGAUAAAGGAGAGGAAGAGGCUGGAAACAGAACUCACCUCUUUGAGACGUAAAAAUGAAAAGAUGGGUCAACAACUUGCACUAAAAGACACUGCAAUGAAGAAACAAGAAAGAGACAUAGCCAAUCUGAUGAUUGAAAAGGAGAGGCUACAGUCCCAAGUAUCAGGAAGAGAGAAUGAACUAAGGAACUUUCAAGUCUCCAAAGAGCAAGAUGUCUCGGAACUCAAAAAUCUUAAAUCAGCAAUGGAAGUCAAAAUGAAAGCACUUCAUGAUACAAUUGAAGAAAAGGAAGAAACCAUUAAAAGUUUGGCACUUCAAAACAAGACGCUUGGCUGCUCUGUAGAAUAUGAGAAGGAGAGGAACGUGUCACAAAAUCAAGAGCUCUCAAGACUCAAGGAAGAACUAGAGUCCUUUAAACAACAGUGCCUGGCAUUAGAAAAUGAGAAGCAUAACCUAUCACUCACUGCCACAACAAAAGAAAAGGCACUAACAGAGACUGAGAGCUUCAUGAGGAAACAGAUAGAAGGGCUGGAGCAAGAAAAUAAAUCCAAGGAAGCAAAGAUGUAUAGCACCUCUGUACAACUGACUCAGAAGGAAGCUGAGCUUGAGAGGACAAUGGGUAAAGUGUCCGACCUUCAGACUCAACUUGUCCUUUUAACAGCAGAUGUUGAGAAUUACAAGAAACUAGUUGAGAGCCACAAGGUCAAAUUGCAGAGGCUUCAAGACUCUAAGAACCAAGAGAUAGCAGACAUAAAACAAAAAAUAGAAGAAAAGAGCCUAGAGGCAGUCAGACUUGCAUCUCAAGUUGAUUCACUACAAACUGAACUGAAGGAAAAAGAAGAGAAUUUGAGGAAAGGACAAGAGACACUCCAGCAAGAAAAGAAGACAAUAGAUGAGUUGAAUGCACAACUACUAGCAACUGAGAUAGGCAAUACCUCACUUCGCUCUCACAUCUCACAAGCUGAAGAGAGACUCAUGAAACUUGAGGUUGGGCUAGCUGAAAAGAAAACGCAAUUGCAAGGAGCAGAAGAGAAGAAUCACUCUCUUUACACGCAGCUCCAGAAUGUGUCGAGGAGCCUCCAAGAGCUACAGAAAGCAAGUGCAGAUGAGAGAUCCUAUUUUACUGAGACGCUUGGCAGCAUGAGCAUACAACACAGACAAGAGAUAGCAAAAAUGACAACAAAUGAAGAAAUCCUUCAAGCAAAGUAUCAAGAAACCUGUGACAAUUUUAAUAGGCUACAGAAACAACUUGAGCUCACAAAAGUUGAUUUAAGGAAUGCUAUGGAGAACGUAAAGGCUAAGGAUAAUGAGCUUAAGGAUCUUUGUGCCUCCAUUGACAAGGAAGUGUCCAUACGUAAUGAUGUGACAGUAAAAAUAUCUCAUCUUCAGUCUCAAUAUGAUGCUCUUAGUAAUGGGAAGAGAGAGGUCGAGGGGCAACUGAUGCAUGCGUCUAAUGAGCUUUUACAAAUGCAAUCAAAACUUGCAAACGUGCAGCAACACUGCUCCACACUCCAGCAAGAGCUUCAGCUCCAGAAUGAAGUGCAUGCUACAGCAAUCAAGAGAAUGGAGGAGAGGGAAAAGGAUUCUGUGGAACAGAGCGAGAGGAAAGCAAAAGAAUUCAUGAUCAAACUGGAGAAGUCAGAAGAAAGAUUGCAGCAGGUUGCGUCGGAGCUGUCAAGACUACAACUGGACCAUAAAUCACUUCAAUCACAGCUUCACCACCUAACACAAACAAAUGAAUCUCUCCAAGGCCAACUGUCUGAAAAGAAAUCUCAGCUUGCUUCUGACAGACAGAAACUUGGGCAACUUGAAAGAACUUUUGACCAAGAAAAAGCAGCAAAAGCUCAAACUCAAGAGACUUUAAAGCGUGAGAUGUCUAGAUAUCAAGAACUAAAGACAAAGGUUGAACAUUUAAAGGAUAAACUUUCACAAAGCGCAUCCAGCAAAAACUCACUGGAAAUUCUCUUAGAGGAAGAGAAAAGGACAAACAGCUAUUACCUGGAGAAGAUCCGUGACCUUGAAAGUUUUCAAGAAGCAUUAAAGGCGUCUUUACAAAAGGAGCAAGACUCUUCUCUUACUGACAGGCAGAAAGCAGAAAAUGACCAAUUAACACUAAAGAAGAAAUAUCAGAGUGAAAAGAAAAUACUAAAGGACACACUAAAAGGACUACAGACUGAAGUACAGGUUCUAAGGAGUACUAUUGAGUCACACAGCAAGGAAAUCACAAAACUAGACAAAGCACUUAAUGCCUCAGAACAAGAGAAAGACAAACUGGCUGACAAGAAAACAGAAAUUGAGCUGCAAUUGAAGGAAAAGAAAGAGAAACUCAAAAUGGCAGAAACAAAAAUUCAAAAUCAAGAGGUCCAGCUAGCACAUUUGCAAUCACAAGUGAGUCAAAUGAACCAGUCACAGCUUGACAUUGAGGAGUACAAGAAAGCAAUGGAAGCUAAACAAAGGGAUGAGUUGCAGCGUGUCUUGAAAGAGGUUACAGAACACAUGGAGGAGCAAUACACUGCACAUCAUUACUUGGAGAAACUGAGAGCUGAUAAUGAAACACUUGCAAUGAAAGAGAAAGACAGAAAAAUUGGGCAUUUGAAAAAUGAACUUAAAGCUCAAAGAAAAGAACUGAAGAAAGAGAAAUUACAAGUUGAAUCUCUGUCUUUGGAAGCAAAGUACCUCAAGGCAAAGCAGAAGGAACAUGAAAGGAGCCAAGAGAAGGUAGGUGCAAGAUUGGAGAAGGUCAAUGAUUUGUUGAGUGUGUCAACUGGAGGAGGAUUGGGACCAUCUUCACCAUUGUCAAGCUCUCCUAUACCAAUGUCAACCUCAACUCCACUUAUCUCGAGGAAAUCACUUCAAUAGUUUGGCAGUAACACUAAUAGACUUAAAAUUAAAUAAAAACAAAUAAAUAUAAAUAUUACUUCCCAAGAUCAUGUAAAUGAAGAAAUAUAUAUUAUAUUGGUAGUAUAGUCAUCCUCAGAUUUUAUCCUUUAUCAUUAAUUUAUCAAAUUAAA